UCAAAGCAAAAUCCUUUGCUUAAUAAUCUGAGUGUUCUAUUUAUUAUAAAUUGUGCGAAUUUUUGUACACGUUUUCCCUUACAUGAUUGCUUAAUCAAUUCCGUUUUAUUUAAAGAGGAUAUUACAUAAUAGUUAAUAAAUAUUACAUUAAAUGUCAUCGUAGGUAUUCAUUAUUCAAUUAUUAAGUGAUUAGUGCGGUGCAUUUUUUGUUUGUUUUGUUAUCGUAACUUAUAAAUUAUUUUGAUAAAAAUCAGGAUAUAAGGUUUCAAUCAACCCUUUAUAUAAAGCUUUUAACUUUUCUUCUGUUGCAUAGUUUUCGCUAAUGGUGUCCGGUUCUGUUAGUUUGUGUGAUUUUUAAAUUUCGUGCGUGAUUCAAGUUCUUAAAAACUCAUUAUUACAUUUCACUUAAUGCAAUAUCUGUUAAGACUUUCAAACUAUUUUAAAAACCAUAAUUUAUUUUAAACCUUUAUUAAAGACUCACAAGGAAAUAAAAGAACAUUAGAGAAAUAUUCAAUUUGAAAGCUAACAUUUUUAUAAAAUGCCUCUCGAAGAUUUCAAAACUUUAAAAGAGAAAAACAAACAACGUCUUUUGUAUUUAAUAAACGUAACUUAUUCGUUGGGAAUAAAUAUAACAGCCCCUUCGAGAUUUAAGGAUAAUUUGAGGAUAAUCUCAGUCUACCUUUUGGUAACGAGCAUCUUUACUUUAUAUGGACAUGUUCAAGCCAUGAUUAGAAAUUUUGGAAAUAUUUCUCUUAUGUCAGAGAGCAUUUGUCUUUUCUUCCAAAUUUUAAUUUCUUUUUUAAAACUAAGUUACAUGGCUGUUUUUCAAAGACGCUUUUUUGUAUUGCUAAACAAAGUCGAAACACACGAAUUGGUCAAUGGAUUUGAACUUCUGUCAAUGGAAACACCGUACAAUAAGGAAUUACGAAAAGAUGCAAUUAAAAUUCUCAAUGCAUCUUGGAAGUUCGGAAAAAUACAAUUCUAUUUUUAUAUGUGGGCUUGUGUUAUGAUAUUUUCGUAUUACUUUGUUAUAAAUAUGGGAACAAAUAUUUAUAAUCAUGCUGUUGGCACGGCUAACUAUACAAAUGUUGUUCCCUUUUCUACUCUUUAUCCUUUCUGGGAAGAUAAAUUAAAUCAAUUUCCUCAUUUUCCAAUUUUGGUUUUGCUAACGCUGUCGGGAGCUUCAAUAGCUCCAUCUGUUGCUUUAAGUUUUGAUGGAAUUUUCAUAUACUUAGCUCUUCAUGGAGCAGCAUUAAUACAAAUUCUCAAGAAAGCAAUUCCUCUUACUACUUCUCCAAAAGUUCCUAAGGUUCUACGUCUUGACUAUUUACUUCAAUGUAUUCACCAAUAUGAAGUAACUUACCGAUAUUGUACUGAAGUCAAUGGUUUAUAUCUUCAUCUAACUUUGGCACAGUUCCUUUUAAGUUUGAUUAUUUUGGGAGUCGUAAUGUUUCAAGGAACCGUAGGAUUGGAAACUGAUUAUAUCGUAUUUAUUCGGAUGGUUUUAUAUAUUUCUGCAGCUGGUUACGAAGUUGUUAUUUAUUGUUUGAAUGGACAAGCGAUCAUAAGUGAGAGCGAUGGAAUUUCAAACGCUUGGUAUGAAUGUAAUUGGUAUAACGAAUCGAUUGAAUUUAAACAACUUAUUCGAAUGAUAAUAAUGAGAUCGAAUAGGACCAUUAUUAUGAGAGCUUCUUGGUUUUCCACGAUGUCUUUAACAACUUUAUUAAAUAUAAUGCGAACUAGUGGUUCAUACUUUCUUUUGCUACGAAACUUGGCAUCAUAAAAUUUAAUAACUUAUUUGUAAUCAAUGUUGAUUUCUUUUGGUUUUUGUUGUUGAAUUUGUAGAAGAUUGUAUUUUUAAUAAAACUGAUUUUUGUUCAAUGUUUUUUUUUUCCUGUUAAUAACUUAAAUCAAAUUUGAUUUGAAUGUCAGAAACUGAUUUUUCGCGUUCCAUUGGGUUAUUUUUCGCGUUCCAUUGGGUUAUUUUUGAUUUAAUCAAAAUUGAUCAAAGAUGAUAGGAGAAAUUUAAUUUUUGUUAAAGUUAAAGCUAUUAAAAUGUAUAGGUACCAUAAACAUUGAAGAAAACAGAAAAUCAUUUUUUUUCUUCAAAGAACUAUAUUCAAAUGAAAGCAUAUUUAUUACAAAUAUAAUUGCUUCAAAUUUACAAAUAUUUACAUUUAUUUAUACAACAAUUUGAUUUUGUUUUAACUGAUUUGGUUUUAAUUUACGUAUGGAAACAUAAUUUGUUUUUAAUUUUUUCUUUUUUUGGUUCUACAAAAAAAAAAUAUAUAAAAUAAAACUUUUUAUGAGACUUUUUUUUAUUCAAAUAUAUUGCACACAUAUACGAAUAUAUUGGGUUAGCUAAUUUAUUAAGUUACAUCAAAUUUGUCUUUCAUUUUUAAUUGUUUUCUAAAUUUUUGUUUUUUAAUAUUCACAGAUUUUUCGUCUCAAAACAAUUAUUGUUUUUUUUUUUUUUAAUUUUUAACUCACAAACGAAAUUUAAAUUAGUUAUUUUAAAAGAAAAACAAAAUAGUUUAUAGAAUUUUAUAUCCUAUAUUAUUUUUGUAAAGUGCAAAUAUAUUUUUAUAAAUGGAAUUGCGAAUAUUUAUUGAGUAUUAUCAUGUUCAUGGUCAAUAUUCUUAAUAGUAUUUCUUAUUGUAUUUUUAUGACUUUUUUUUUUAAUUUUCAUUCAUUGAUUAUAUAGUAGUUUUAUUUGUUUAAUGGAGUUUUACAUUUUGGAAUACAUAGAACUACAUACAAAAAAGACUUUCCAAUACAAUUUGUUAUCAUUUAUAGGUUUUAUUAGAAAUUUAUUUAUGAUUUUUUAUAAUUUUUUUUUAUUAAGAACACCAAUAAUAAUUCUUUUGUUUUUAAUUAAAUGUUAUCCUUUUAACUAUAAUUCUAAAACACAACAUCAAAAUGUAAUUUUAUAAUUUCAUGUAUUUAAAUAUGUUUUUAAUUUAAACUUUAUUUUUAUUUUGGUAUAAUUAUAUCAACAGCCUUUUGUUUUUACUUGCUUUGUCUAUUUGUGUGUGUUUUGUAUGCUUUUGUGUUGCUUUUUUUGUUUACUAAAAUUUAUUAAAACAAACCAUAAAUAUUAAUAAUAAUAUAUUAGAACCAUAAAAUAGAUUUUUGUAUCAUUUUUUUGUUUUGUUUCUUAUUCCUGUUUAUUUUGUUGCAUUGUUAAAAAUGAAUUAUUUUUCUUUUACACUUUAUUUUUUUUUGUUCUUGUUGUUUAUUUUUCUUUUUUAAUAACUAUUAUCCUGAGUACAAAAGUUCUUAUAUUUGUUUGUUUAUUACAUUUAUUAGGUAGAAUAAUAUAUAUUUUAAGAAAAAUAAUGAAUGAUUGUUAAUAAUACAAGUUUGAAAGAAAUAAACAAAAAUAAAUAUAAAUUUAUACUUAAUAUUGUCAAUUAUAAUUCUUAAUUUGUUUAUAGUACAUCAUCCUAUAAUAAUAAUAAUAAAUACAUGUUUAACAUUUAAUUUACAUUUUUUGUAUUUUUGUUUUUUGCACACCAUAUAAUUAAAUAUGUAAUUUAUAUAAUACAAAUAUUUAAAUAUGGAAAAUUUUCAUAAUUUAUUGUUAAAAGCUUUUUUUUAUGGUGAUUUGAGAUUAUUUUACGGACAUUUGUAUAUAUUUGACCUUUUUUCAUUUUUGUUUUUGUAUAGACUUGAAAGUUCCGUUAUAAUAUUAAUACAUCAAAGUAAGUUGCGAUAAAGCGUGAGAAUGUAUAUAUGAGUGUUUUUUAAAUGGUUUUUAUUUUUAGAUAAUAAAUAUUUUUCUAUAAGUUCUAGAAAAUGAUUAGUACACAUUUUAUUUUUAAAGUUUUCAUUUAAAAAAAAAAUCCUUCAAAUUAAUAAAAAAUAAACAAAUAAUUUAAUUUAUGGAUUUAUAUAAAAGACAUUAAUUAUAUAUUGUUGAGAGUUUUCCAUUUAUUUAAAAUAAAGAGUCAUGAAUGCUUUUACAUUUAUUAUUCUAUAUUUUGAAACAGCCAUCAGUUAUAUUUUUUUAAAUUAUUUUAAUUCAAUAUUUUUGUAUUUACAGUUAAAGUUUUUUAA